AUGUCUUCUCCCGAGGAGGUUUGGAUGAAUCUCAUUAAACGGGAUGGGCUGACCCCGCACGAAACAGCCGCAUCGAGCUUCUCCGCCCUCAAACCCGUGACGGCUGAUUUUCUAACUCGUGGUAAAGGAGAAUGGCAAGGUGGCGAGAUCAACACCGGACAUCCAGCUAGACACUUACUGACCGAAAUGAACUGGGCCGGCAAGGUUUUUCGAAGUGCUGAGGAUGUGGACCCCGUUAUUGUGUACGACGAGGCAGGGAAGAGGAAGUGGAAUCCGGACUGGGGACGUGCCAGACUGCGGGAAAUAAAGUUCCAAGACAGAAACACAGUCGCCAUGGUUUACGAUGAUUUUCCUAUUAUCGAUUUCUUCAAGUACGUGUCGGAAGACGUGGUUGCUGGCGCCAUGGACUCUAAGACGCACAACUCGGAUGGCAUCUUUUAUUUCUAUCUCAAGAGGCUUUAG